CGUAACCCUGGCGGUUUGUUUGCAGAGACGGCCCUGGAAGGAGGAGAAAUGCAAGAGGAGGGAGAGUGAGAGGGGAGGGUACGUUGACAUCUGUCUGAUACUAGACUGGUGAAUAGGAAGAAGGUCCCAUCUCUGGCCUGUCUGUGGAAGCUGGGAUGAUGAAGGCCCUGCAGUGGGAACGUGCGGUGGUACAGGGUUGAAGCUCCAGCCCCUGUCUGGUAGUUAUAGAGCAAUUGGAAGGGUUACAUGCAGAGUUUUGGUAAAGAUGGAAGAAUCUCAUUUCAACUCCUCCCCGUACUUCUGGCCAGCAGUGCCCACCGUCUCGGGACAGAUUGAGAACACCAUGUUUAUUAACAAGAUGAAGGAGCAGCUAUUGCCCACAGAGAAGGGCUGCAGCCUGGCUCCCCCCCACUACCCUGCCUUGCUGACAGUACCCACCUCUGUGGCCCUACCCACUGGUAUCUCCAUGGACUCAGACACCAAGCCGGAGCAGCUGACACCACACAGUCAAGCCCCUGUGACCCAGAACAUUACUGUGGUACCAGUGCAGUCUGCUGGGCUCAUGACAGCAGGUCCUGGUCUGGUGAUAACUUCCCCAUCAGGUUCCCUGGUGACCACAGCCUCCUCUGCCCAAACCUUUCCCAUCUCAGCUCCCAUGAUUGUCUCUGCGCUACCCCCUGGCUCCCAGGCAGCCCUCCAGGUGGUUCCUGACCUGUCCAAGAAAGGGACAACCACCCUCUCUGAAGGUGGUGGAGGUGGCGGUGGUGGGGGAGUUGCCCCCAAACCACCCCGGGGCCGGAAGAAGAAACGAUUGCAGGAAUCAGGGCUGCCAGAGAUGAACGACCCCUUUGUGCUGUCAAACGAGGAUGAUGAGGACCAGCACAAGGAUGGCAAGACAUACAGGUGCCGGAUGUGUUCGCUGACCUUCUACUCCAAGUCGGAGAUGCAGAUCCACUCCAAGUCCCACACGGAGACAAAGCCACACAAGUGUCCUCACUGCUCCAAGAGCUUCGCCAACAGCUCCUACCUGGCCCAGCACAUUCGCAUCCACUCAGGGGCCAAGCCCUACACGUGCAGCUACUGCCAGAAGGCCUUCCGCCAGCUCUCCCACCUGCAGCAGCACACACGUAUCCACACCGGGGACCGACCCUACAAAUGCGCUCACCCUGGGUGUGAAAAGGCUUUCACCCAGCUUUCCAACCUGCAGUCCCACAGACGGCAGCACAACAAAGACAAACCUUUCAAGUGCCACAACUGCCACCGUGCGUAUACGGAUGCUGCCUCAUUGGAGGUACACCUGGCUACACACACGGUGAAACACGCCAAGGUCUACACCUGCUCCAUCUGCAGCCGGGCCUACACCUCGGAGACGUACCUGAUGAAGCACAUGCGGAAACACAACAUCCCUGACCCACAGCAGCAGGUGGUUCAGGCGCAAGCCCAGGCCUCUCAGCAGCAGCAGCAGCACUUCCAGCCACAGGGUGGGGGGGCAGCAGGAGGCCCUUCUGGAGACACUAACCAACCCAACCCUCCCCCCCAGUGCUCCUUUGACCUGACUCCUUACAAGACUUCAGAACAUCACAAGGACAUCUGCCUCACUGUCAGCACCAGCGCCAUCCAAGUGGAGCACCUCUCCAGCUCCUAGAGACACCUCAACCCAGGGAGCAGAAAGCCUCUUGUGCAUAGCCUGUGCCCAGGGGCACUGCUUGUGCAGCGGCCCUCCUCGUGCAACAGUCUCCAGCCUCUCCUCCUGCAACAGCCUCUUCUGGCCAUGUAACCCGGUUCAUGGCAGCCCCUUGAACAACAGCCUGUCUCAAGGGGGUGCUCCUUCUGUGCAACAGCCUGCCUGGUAGGAGGAUGCUUCCUUGUGCAAGAGCCCCUUUCCUGUGCUGGGAUCACUUCCUCAUGCAAGAGCCCCUCCUUUCAAACCCAAAGAAAGGCCCCCAUUUUGCCUUCUCUCUCACUGUAGGAUGCGUAUGAAGGGGGGGUGCGUGUCGAGACAUGCAUGGUGGAUGGGAUGGAGAGACGGUCCUUGUACGUACAGGGGCUCGGACACGUUUUCAGCAGGCCACAGAAGAAUGUGGCAAGGUUCACAGCUGGAUGGGGUUCUUUGAGGAUUUCCUUGAGUGUCUAAGAGAGAAAUAUCCAUUCCUGUCCCUCCUGCUUGUGAAAGGGAGGAGGGGUUGCUCGUCCUGCCCCAAGGACUGGUGGGGAGAAACCUCCUUCUCCCCAGGGGAAGGUGAGACCAGUGCUGGGGAGGGAGAAGUGAGGCAUGUUCUCUGGGCUGGACAGGUGCCUACACUGCCUGAGGGCUGUGGAGUAUUGCACUCUCUCCUCUCCUGGUGGAGAGCAAUAGAGAGGAGUUUGUCUGAACUGGCUGCUGCCUCUCUCAGCUGUCUGAGCAGCACGAUGGCCAAGGUCCCGUAGGAAUGUGGGUUCCUGCUCAUUGCUCUUCCUGCCUGUUGUGGAUGAUGUCCUAGCAGCUUGUACUCCUCCUCUUCCUCCUGCUUCCCCCCACCUCCUCAGAAAAGCCUGCAGGCAUCAACAACAAACCAAAAAGCAACUGGAGGGAGGGUAAGAGACUGCCAAAAUAAUCAUCACCCUUCUCUCUACUCCCUUUCCUGAAAGGCGGAACAACAGCAGUUCUGACUCACACACGCCUGUCCUGCUCCCAGUUUCCCAAAGGGAAGGAGGAGGAGGAAUAGACCAUUCUUUUCAAGGAGCCGGCAGGAGGCAGGAAAAGGCUAGCUUCUCCUGCUCACCUCCCAUCAGAAUGCUCUCCCAGGCUCUCUCUUGCCAAGACGGGCUGGACUCACAUGGCAGUGGUGGCCUCUUCUGGACCCUGGUCAUGGGAGAGAAUCCCCAAAAGGUGGACAGUGGAGAGAAGGGGAUGAAGAUCCCCCACAGAGAGACCAAUCUAAUGAGAAGGGGGAGCCAACAAGAAUAAACUGAAGGCCCCUUGAAUUUAUAUAUAUAUAAAUAUAUAUAAAUAUCUAUUCCCCACCCCUGGCCCGCUCUGUCCUUGCUGUAACUGUUUCUAUCUCUGUGUUUAUAAAACGCAUUAUCCUGGCGAAUUUUUAUUUUCAAUCUUUGUUUGUUUUUCCCUUUCUCUUGGUCUUCAGUUCUCCUUCCCUUUUUUUUUUUAAUUGGUCCACAUGACUACUAGUCUUGUGUGUCACCUGUUCGUUUCUUUGGAUCAUGGAGGCUGACUCGGAAGAGAAUGAGAAGGCAAGGGAAAAAGCAUGUGUUGUUGGGAUUUAAAAUCAAUCACCCACCCAAAGCCUAUAGAAUCCCAGACUUCUGUAUGAACAAUCAAUAGGGGCUUUUAUUUUUUUUUAAACCACCGUGUUAGAAAUAAAUUGGUGUAAAAGGCUCCUUGAAGGUGCUGCUGUGAGCACCCUGCCCCUGUGGUGUGUGUUCCUUCCGCCUGCACCAGACCACUACAUGAGCAUCUUGCUGCUGUGAGUCCCAAGUGGCUGUGCGGGUGGACACGAGAGUAGCACAUCCCUGCCUUUGGGCAGACUUGCGGUUCGCACAAGGAAAGCGAGAAGCUCUGCCCUCUGUGUUCUGCACCUGUGGAGCCUGUGGCAGAAACCUUUUUCUCUGCAUUUAGUCACGGGGGUUGGCUGCGAGCAUUUGGAGUGUUUUAUGAUCCAUAGGUUAGCCUAGAAGAAGCUGUCUUGACUCCUGCAUUUCACAGGUCACAUUUCAACCCAUUUAUCCUGUAUUGAGCCCCAAGAACUAAUGUGUAUUUGAAGUAUGUCUUGACAAAAUGCAUUGGCUUGAUUUUGAGGCAAUGGGACACAGAAUCCUUUCCAUUGGUAGUCUGUGGCAAGGGCUUUGUGUUCUCGCUAUUUAAAUAUUUAAGCCUGAUUUCUCUUUUGGAUCUGUUUGGCUUUGGCUUCCAGGUACUAGUUCUGGAUAUGUUCAUCCCACUGAUUCAGAGAGCCUUAGAGCACAGUGGGGCUUUUUCCCCUGGACUGGUAUUUAAACACUGUAAUAUCACUUCUCAGUCCACUUCUUGACAAGCUAAAUAGAUUGAAUUCCUUAAAUCUUCCACGUAAGGGAUUUCCUCCAGCCCAUAAAUUAUUCUUGUCUUUUCUUUCUAUAUCUUGUUGAAUUUUUCAGUAUCUUGUUAAAGCAUUCAUUUUGGGAUUGAGCGUUCAAGCCCCAUUGCCAUAGACAAGGUCCCCCUGCCCUUUGCCUUAAGUCUGCAGAGGAUUGUGUUUGCCCUUUUCUCGCAGCAUUAUACAGGAGCUCACAUUAGCUGCUUGUCUGGUGUGACCGUCUAGAUCAGCUGAAGUCUCGGCUUUCCGUGAUCGUGUUUUCCCCCUUUCUACAGGUAUGGUCUGAGUUCUUAUUUCCUAGAUACCUCAUAUGAGGCUGUAUCGAAGUCCAGUUUGUGUGAAUGGACCUGGCUUACUGAUUGAUGGUCCAGGUUAUUCGCCACUUUCCCAGUUUUGUUACCCACAAACUGUAUCAGUUGUUAUUUUUUUACUUUGGGAUCCAGGUUGAAAAUUGCAAUCUUGCAUCUGACCUACACUAACUUGAAAAGCAUCAUUCAGUGCAACUUUUUAUUAGCUUCUUUUUGAGACUUGCAAGCUAGGCAUUAAUCCUCUUAGUAUGUGAUUAUGUACAGUAAAUCUUUUUGACUUAUGGUGCUAGGUCAAUGCCUUACAAAAAUCUAAGUAUGUUGCACCUAUGCAGUCCCCUUUGUUAAACCAAAUGUAUACUUAUGUCAUCUAAGAAUUAAAUUAAGGUGUGGGUGGGUUUUUUUUUCUACAAAAUCUAUAUUUCAUAAAACCUUUGGAUUACAGGUUUUAUUUUUCAUUAAUUAAUUCUUCAUCUCAAUAGCUUUUCCAUAAUUUUGCCAGCGAGUCAUUUCAUUUGCCUUUUGGGAAUACUCUCAUGAAUGUCUUACAGUAUUUCUCUAAUAUCCCAAGGUUGUUUAAAAUCUGAAUCAAUGGGCUACAGAGCUUGUUAGUGAACUCUUUCAGGACUCCUGUUUCUUUGCUGACUUAAAAAUAUACAUCCCUACUAGUUGUUAUCUAAUCUCCCACUUUGAUACUAAGGUACUGGAUAGAAGUUGCUAUUUUCGUAUUUACCACAUCCUGUUUCUUUCUGAAUAUGGAAUUGGAAAUGUUUGUUGACUGAUUUUUCCUGUUCUGUGUCACUAGCAUUUUCACCAUUUUUAUCUAGCAUGUAUCAGUACUAUUAGUAAGAUUUCUUUGUUUAUUUUUUAUUUAAAGCAA